AUGUGGGGAGCUGAGGCCGGCAUGGUGACCUGCCUCCCGACCCGCACCAGCGUCCUCGGCGUCACCAACCCCCGCGGCGCCUUCAACCCCGCCGCCGCCCACACCUCCGCCGCCACCAACCUGUCGGCGCCGCUGCUCAGCCGCUUCGACGCCGUGCUGCUGCUGUCGGACGUGCACGAGCCGGCGUGGGACUACACGGUGUCGGAGCAGGUGCUCAGGAACCACCAACAGGGUGCGGCGCAGGGCAGCCAGGAGGCGCCGCUGCCCUGCUGGCCCGUGGACGUGCUUCGCGCGUACGUCGCCUGGGUCAGGGGCCGCGGCAGCGCGCAGCAGGAGCUGACCAUGUCGCCCGAGGCGGAGGCCGUCCUGCUGGCCUACUACCAGGCCCAGCGCCGCAGCGAGGGCCGCAGCGCGGCGCGCACCACCAUCCGCCUGCUCGAGUCGCUCGUGCGGCUGGCGCAGGCGCACGCGCGGCUGAUGGCGCGCGGCCGGGUGGGCCUGCAGGACGCGGUGAUCGCCGUGAUGGUGGCGGACGCGUCGAUGGCGGUGGCCGCGCUGCUGGGGCCCAACAACGCGCUGCACACUCACGCGCCGCAGGACGCCGACGCUGACUACGCGGCCCUGGAGCGCGCCGUGCUGGCAGAGCUAGGGCUGCACCAUUUGAUGAGCGCAGCCCCAGGGCCGCCAGGGGACGGCGGUGGCGGGUGA